AUGACCUUGUUUAGUCUUCGAUGGAAGUUUUGUCUCCUUUGCUCACUUUUAGCUUUGUCAGCUUACUGCGAAAAGAAGCCAAGUAAUCGAACAUAUAACGUUUGUAGGUUUGUACGGGAGGGACAAAGAUGCGAUUACAAAAAGUUUGAUUCAAGCGGAGAUGAACCAUGCGUUAUCGGAAGGAAGGCUGGUUUGACAAGAAUAAAUGGCGUUAAAGUUGGUCACGUUGAAGAUGUUGAUCUUGGUGAUAUUGUGAGAAAGCGGAUUACAAAAGCUAUGAGGCCUCUUUUGUUUGAAAUUCCCAACUUUCUGUCUGAGGAAGAGUGUGGCCACAUGGUUAAUCUUGCGGAAAGAGAACGCUUUGUUACCAGUAAAGCUAAGGGAGGACUACAGUCCUGGAGUGAAUUUGAAAUCCCUGACAUCAGAAAUGGGCCAUUGCAUGUUGAUUAUUUUCAAUAUUUGGAUGGGGACAAAAAUGGAAAACUGACUAUCGAGGAGGUGAUGACCUACGCUAAAACGUACCACUAUUUGGUUCUAACAAAAGAGGAGACCAUUGAAAUGCUUCAUAAUGUGAAUAUCACGGAAUUAGACGACGGAUUUGCUACAAUUGAUGAAUUCAAAACAAUGAAUUCCAUGGGGUUAACGGAUUUGAUGUCAGCAAUGUCUAUGUCUCACCCGCUUCACAGGCCACGUUACAGUGAUCAGACUUGGGUCAAUCAGAGAUCUUUGGGCGAUCCAGUUUUAAACAAAGUGAUAGAAAGAGUUAUAGAACUCACCAGACUCUCCCGAGAAAUCAUCUACGGCAGUGAGAGGAUUCAGAUCGUCCGUUAUGGAAAACAUGGUCAUUACCACGCCCACUUUGACUCGGAGACAGACAAAAGAACUGACAAACGGUGCUGCCAACUUUAUGAAGAUGUGGUGCAAGCCUUUAAUAAAGAUGAAGGCUGUAGGCUCUGUAGAUAUGUAACAAUCCUGUUUUAUCUCAACGAUGUCGAGGAAGGAGGAGAAACCGCUUUCCCUAUGGCCGACAAUGUCACCCUUAGCAUGGAGUAUCUGACUUCAAGUCGUGGUGAUUUGGACUACUUCAAUCUUAGCCAUAACUGCCACCAAGGUCUGGCGAUCAGUCCACGAAAAGGAACAGCUAUCAUGUGGUACAAUCACUUACGAGACGAUGAGAGCGGCUGGAUGGGAGCAAGAGAUGAUUUUAGUUUGCACGGAGGUUGUGGCAUAAAAAGGGGAGAGAAAUGGAUCGCUAAUCUAUGGAUAACUGCACCUUACAAAGAUGGAGCUCACAUUCCUAGUUCCUGGCUCAGAAAGUUUGAUGUUAUAUAGAGUUGUAAACGUUAUCAGCAGCGAGACUGACUCCUUUUUUAAAUUAGAUUUUGAAGUGUUUAGCUCUAUGCCUUAAUUUAGUCUCCCUUUAUUUUCUUUCUCAGGUUAGAGAAAAAAGGGCUGAUUUUUUAAAUAUGGUUCACAGAACGUCUAAAGGACCGCUCAUGGUCAUGACUGUUUAAGUGUUUUUUUUUUUUUA